AGCAGGGAGGACUUUGUCCCCUUCCGUAGUCUGUGUGCUGGUGUGUGUGUUUGGCAGAGGACUGGACAACAUCAAGCAAAUCCCCUGCCCUGCAAAGGAUGUGGACCAGCUUGAGCACGGUCACCGAACCCACCUCCCCAAGGGGCAGAAGCGGUGGGGCCCGGACCCGGUUCUGGGUACUGGCAGUGGGAAUAUCUGUCGGCUUGUUCCUUCUGGGAUUCCUGAUCGGCUGGCUGGCUAAUAGACAUGCCGAUCAGUUGCCGAGGACAGAUGUCCAUGAGAAGAUGAAGGAGGCAUUCAUGAAGGAAAUGAAAGCAGAAAGCAUCAAGCAAAUUCUUUAUAAUUUCACCCGGCAGCCUCACUUGGCAGGCACACAGGAGAACUUGUGCCUAGCUGAACAGAUACAAGCAGAGUGGAAGGCAUUUGGCCUAGACUCGGUCCAGCUGGCUCCUUAUGACGUUUUGCUUUCUUACCCCAAUGAGACAAAUCCCAACUACAUCUCAAUCAUUGAUGAGCAUGGCCAAGAGAUUUUCAACACGUCACUAUCUGAGCCUGUUCCUGCUGGAUAUGAGACUGUUGAAGAUGUUGUUCCACCUUACAGUGCUUUCUCAGCCCAGGGAGAGCCAGAGGGAGAUUUGGUAUAUGUGAAUUAUGGCAGCAUAGAAGAUUUCCACAGAUUAGAGCGAGAGAUGGGAAUUAAUUGUUCUGGGAAAAUUGUCAUUGUCAGAUAUGGGAAGAUCUUCAGAGGAAAUAAGGUUAAGAAUGCUUAUCUGGCUGGUGCCAAAGGCAUCAUUUUAUACUCUGAUCCUGCUGAUUCUUGUGCCCCUGGAGUUCAGCCUUAUCCUGAUGGCUGGAAUCUGCCGGGAGGUGGAGCCCAACGUGGAAAUGUCCUCAUUCUGGAUGGCGCUGGGGAUCCUCUCACUCCAGGAUAUCCAGCUAAAGAGUAUGCAUACCGCUUGGAAGAAGGCCAAGCACACUUAAAUAUUCCUGUCCACCCCAUUGGUUAUCAUGAUGCUGAGAAGCUGCUGAAGGAAAUGGGAGGUGCUCCUGCACCAGAUGAUAGUUGGAAGGGACAGCUUUCUGUGCCUUACAAUGUUGGACCUGGCUUUACAGGAAGUUCUUCAAAAAGAAAAGUGAGAAUGCACAUCUACAGUUUCAAGCAAGUGAGACGGAUUUACAACGUGAUUGGAACUCUCCGAGGAGCAACAGAGCCAGAUAGAUACGUUAUUCUGGGUGGCCACCGUGAUUCUUGGGUGUUUGGUGGGAUUGAUCCCCAGAGUGGAGCUGCUGUUGUUCAUGAGAUCGUCCGAAGUUUUGGGAAGCUGAAGCAGAAAGGUUGGCGACCCAGAAGGACAGUGAUUUUUGCUAGUUGGGAUGCUGAGGAGUUUGGCUUAAUAGGAUCAACAGAGUGGGCAGAGGAAAAUGUCAAACUACUACAACAGCGGGGUGUGGCCUAUAUCAAUGCUGAUUCCUCUAUAGAAGGCAACUAUACCCUUCGAGUUGACUGUACCCCAUUGAUGCAUAGCCUGGUAUACAAUCUAACUAAAGAGAUACCAAGCCCUGACGAAGGAUAUGAAGGCAAAUCUCUUUUUGAAAGCUGGAAUGAAAAAAGUCCAUCAACUGAACAUAAAGGCUUCCCGAGGAUCAACAAGCUGGGUUCUGGCAAUGAUUUUGAAGUCUUUUUUCAGAGGUUGGGAAUUGCUUCUGGUAGAGCCCGUUACACUAAAAACUUUAAAGUGGACAAGUUCAGCAGCUACCCAGUUUAUCACAGUGUCUAUGAGACAUACGAGAUUGUGGAAAAGUUUUAUGACCCGACUUUUAAGAACCACCUAGCCGUGGCCCAAGUGCGAGGAGGGCUGGUAUUUGAGUUGGCUAAUGAGGUCAUCCUCCCCUUCAACUGCAGAGAUUACGCCAUGGCGCUUAAUAGCUAUGUUGGUAUCCUUUACAAUAUAACUAUGAAACAUCGGGUAGCAAUGGAAGCGUACAAUGUAUCAUUAGACUUGCUUCUUGAUUCCAUAAAGACAUUUUCAGAAGUUGCCAAUGACUUUCACAGCAGACUCAAACUACUGGACAUCAAUAACCCAAUCAAAGUAAGAUCUUGGAAUGAUCAGUUGAUGUUCUUGGAAAGAGCAUUUAUUGAUCCUCUUGGAUUGCCUGGCAGACCAUUUUAUAGACACAUCAUCUUUGCUCCAAACAGUCACAACAAGUAUGCUGGAGUGUCCUUUCCUGGGAUCUAUGAUGCCCUGUUUGACAUUGAUAAUAAGGCAGAGCAACAGAAAGCCUGGGAAGAAGUUAAGAGGCAGAUCUCCAUUGCUGCCUUCACCGUGACAGCUGCAGCUGGGACUCUGAAAGAAACACUAUGAUUUGCUGCACACCCCCAAGCUGUUGAUAGUUCUCAGUUCAACCCUACUUCAAUUGGAACUUGAUGACAUCGUGACUAACUUUGUAUAUGUUAUGCCUUUUAGUGGAUUAAAGAUUAAAGAUAAUUAAUACACUCCUGCUAAAAGAUCCGCUCAAUCUGAGCUGAAGCCAAUGGCAUUUUUCUAUAUAAAGUUUCCCAUGAAACUCCUUGCUCUCCCUGUCCAUAAAGAAAAGCUCUGAUGUCUUAAAGUGUAAGAUUAACCUGAUGUUGAGAAAAAUCUCCAUAUCCUUUAGAAUUGGUUUGGGCAGGUGGGAAGAGAUUGAAUAUAUCUUUGUUGAUCAUUUUUCUUGGUUAAAGAAAAAAAAACUGCCUAAAAAGAUGAGUUUUACCUGGAAGGUAACUUUUUGCCUGGAAGAUAACUGUAUCUAGGACUUUUUUUUUUAACCUGUUGACUUUAGAUGAUGUAGGUUGUUAUGUAAGCACACACCUUUUGUAGGUUCAGUUUGGGAAUGGUGACAGACUUUGGGAGGAAAUGAUACAGUUCCUAUCACUGGAGUCCUUUUUUAUUACAAUAUGGUCAGAUAUUAAGAUUCUAAACUCAAGUCUGAAGUUCUGGCCUUGUUUAUUCUUAUGCAAUUUUAUUUAGUGGCACAGUGUUUCUCAACCUUGGCAACUUUAAGAUGUGUGGACUUCAACUCCCAGAAUUCCCCAGCCAUCAUGUUCCAGUGGGGAUGAGUGCACCAUUGGAAAAGCUGAAGGACCAGAAUAGGGAGAGAUUUUCAUGGGGAAAAUUUAAUCUAUGUGGUUGCUAAGAAUCAACAACAACUUGAUGGCAUGUAAUCAAUCAAUCAGCAUAGAUGCAAGUGGGGAAUUGCCAGCAGGGUCCAACACAGUCACAUUUGACUACAAAAGGGGAAACUUCUCAAAAAUAAAAGAACUGAUGAACAAGAAGCCAUCUUGACUUUGACCCCCUGCCCCCAAGGAUGGCUUUGUUA